AAACACGAGCACAAUUGAGUGUGACACCCAAAACAAAAAACUUUGAGCCGCUGAGAAAACAAAGUAACGCUGACUUUAACCUGCUCGCUGGACGUUUUCAACUCGUGACACUCGGCUGUGUUGUGAAAUAUCAGCUAGUUUAGGUCGUCGUUGGACAGUUUGAACUAUUAAUUGUGUUUAUAGUUUGUUUGGGAGGUCUGUGUUGAGGGAAAAGUUCACAGUGGACUGAGCUAACGUCCUGCUAACUCAAAGAAAACAGAUUGGAGGCACAGCCAGCAGACAGACUCGUCAACACAAGCCUUAAAGUGUCUGGAGAGGAGUUAGAAAAUGUCCGAGCUCAGUGAUGAGGCCAGUGAGUCUGAGCAGCUGGGUGCCAGCCUGUCCCUGUGGCUGGGUGACACCCUGCUGCGACCCGAGGAGCUGGAUGUCCCUCUGGACCUCCACACCGCCUGCUCCAUCGGCCAGUACGACGUGGUGGCAGAGUGCAUCAAAAAACGUGAGGUGGACCUGAAUGGCAAGAACAUUGGAGGAUGGACCCCUCUGAUGUAUGCAGCUUACAUCGGGCAUGACAACAUUGCAAAUCUCCUGCUGGAGGCUGGUGUGAAUGUAAAUGCAACCACUGCCAAAGGAUUGACCCCCCUGAUGCUGGCAGCGAGCUGCGGGAAUGAAAGCAUUGCAUACUUUCUCCUUCAGCAAGGUGCAGAGUUGGAGCUGAAGGACUCUCGAGGCUGGACCGCUCUGUUUCACUGCACCAGCACAGGCCACCAGCAGAUGGUGAAGUUCCUGCUGGAUAACAACGCCGAUACCAAUGUCAAGGAGCCAGGCUCUGGUUUCACUCCCCUGAUGGAGGCUGCUGCUUCUGGACAUGAAAUCAUUGUUCAGAACCUGCUUGAUCAUAAAGUUAAAGUCGACGACCGCAACGCUAAAGGAGAGACGGCCCGUGCCCUAGCCAUGUUGUAUGGCUACACCAAGAUCGCCAGCCUCAUUGACUCACGUUCGCCAAGGAUCAAACCAGGACAUUUCGAAGACUUGAGCUCGUCUGAGGACUCUGACAGCGCACCCCCGAGGAUAAGGCCGAGUCGAAACCGAACUAAAGGCGUUAGCAUCCAUGAUGGGCCCCAGGCCAUCGCCAAGUUCCGAGUAGGAGGCACCAGCAAACUGUGUGAGCCUCCUGCAGUGCCGCCAGGCUACAUGACAUUUCGUAAUAUUGGUGAGCAGAGUGAGGGCAUCUGCUACCGUGACGUGACCUCACCCAUCAACGAGCUGGACGGCCAGAGCAACAGCAGCAGAGAUGACAGUCCAUUCUUUGACAAUGACAUGCCCACCAUGAGGAGCAGCAGCAGCAGCAGCGAAGGCCUGCCUCAUGUGAUGGGCCUCAACUGGGAAGGCUCAGUGGAGAGUAAUGAGGACUCUGACCAGUGCAAAAAGAGCAGCUCCCGCAGAGUCAACAAGGGUUAUCACUCAAAGGGAAAGAGUCGCCACGGAAGCAACGACACAGCUCACUCCAGUGGCGCGGUGAACUGUGCGAUGCGUUCAAACAUUAGUCUUCCACCGUCAUACACUGGUCCAAAGGAUCUGGCAGAGUUCUUGGAACAAAUUGGCUUCUCCAAGUAUCUCCCCUUACUUGAGAAGGAAGACAUUGACCUGCGGAUAUUUCUCACCCUGACUGAAAACGAUCUCAAAGAAAUAGGGAUCACAUUGUUUGGACCCAAGCGUAAGAUGACCUCGGCUAUUGCGAGGUGGCACAGCAGUGCUCGACCACCCAGCGACAAUCUGGAACAGGCUUACGCCGACCAGCUUGAGGCUGAGAUGCAGGAGAUGGCCAUUCAGCUACACAAGCGCUGUGAGGAAGCGGAGAGCCUGCAGAGCCAGGUGUCUCAGGAGAAGGAGCUGCGUACCGUGAUGGAGGGAUGUCUUAUGGAGGACAAGAUGGCAUGGAGGAGGGUCCAUGCUGAGCUGGUGGAGAACCACCGGCUGGCUCAGGACAUGAGUGCCACAGUGGCACAGUCCAGGGCCUGCUGCACCGAACUGCUCGCCUGUUUUACUACUGAUAGGAACAGCAGCUCUUAUACUGGCGGGGAAGAUAAAACAGAAGGUGGAGCUGGUGGUAAAGCUGGAGAGGGCCUGACACACGCCAGUGUCAUGGAGCUAAUAAAGAAGCUGAAUUCUCAUGAAGAACAGCUGGCAGGAACCCUGGAAACCGUGCUUCAGAGUCUGCGGCGACUGAGUGCCCCUGAAAAAGUCUCAGAUAGCUGGGAGCGACCUUAAUCUUAACAGAUGCUUUUACCAAUAUUCGACGGAGGGUGAUCUGACCACCCUGAACAAUCUCACUGAAAUGGGAGAAUGCCAAAGACGAGGCCGGCCCUGCCGGACCAGAGUGGCUCGGGGGAGUCAAGCAGCUGAUUCGCUGCUCCUCUGAGAUUGGCUGACGGACCAGAGCUCGCCAGAUGUGGAUAAGGCCAAGGGCAACGGCAGCUACUGCAGGGAGAUGACAAACAGGCAGGAAGGGUGUCUCGCCCUCAUACGCUUGUGCUGGUGUUUACUGGACUCCUGUAGUUUGGUUUGUGAAAAUACACAGAGAGGGGGAGGAGGGACUGAUCGUGGAUCAGAUACUCUAACACUGUGAAACGCGUUUCUUAAAAACAGAACUCUCUUCUGAUAUGAAAUGUGGUUUAAAUUAUGUCCAUGCCACCUACGAAGAGGUAUGUUUCAUAAAAGUAGGAGUAGUUAAAAGAAGCUCUGCAGAGCUCGACCUUAUUUGAAUGAAAUCUUAUUUGUAUGCUGUUAAUGUCCUGCUGAAUGAGAAGUGUGUCAGUUAAUCAUUUACAGCAACACAUUACAUUUCAGUCCAUUGUAUUCUCUACAUAUUCAACACUGACUUCUAGUUUUCUAAACGACUGUUUUAAUUUAAAUUUAUUUGAUGGUGCAAUCAGGUGUUAAAGCAACAAAUCUAUUUACCCUCACUGAUUUUACUUCAUAUUUUCAAUCUACAAAGAUAAUUAUGUAACAAAAACACAAAUUUCAUGACAGCUUGAAGAGAAUAUCUGCAAAUUUAUUACAAGUCCCACAGUCGACUAUUUCUGUUAGCAGAGGCGAAAAGCUGAGUGGUUAUAUGCACAUGUGGACAAAAUAAUCCGAACCGUACAUAGAAAAAAAAGAAAAAAAUACUCCUAGAAAAGUAGCAAACAGCAGCAGCAUGGAGCUUUUAGGAGAGACUCCAUGAUCAGUUGUAGAAAAGAUUUCAGAGGUCAUGUGGCAAUAAAAUGUUUCUACAACAUAAAUAACAGUAGAAGGAGCUGUUUUAUUGAAGGAUUUCAACUUCUUUUAGUCUUUUUAUCCAAUAACUGAUCAGGAACUACUUUAUUUUGAAACUUGGUAUCCUAUUAAAUUUAAAAACUGCAAAUGUAUUCAUGACUUUGUGCCAAUUUGUAGUACUGAGAUAAAUUUAGAAUGCAUUAAGUAGAAAUUAAAACAC